GGGUAGCAAGAAAUACCAAAAAUGCUACAAGAAGCAUUAAGGAUGCUGUAAGUUUUAAUAAGAAUAAAGUAUAUAUUUAUAUAUAAAAGUAAUUAUAUUUAUUAACAUAUUUACCUUCAUUAUAUGAUAUCCUAUACAUUAUUGCUCUUGUCUAUAUCCUCUAUCCAUUCCUUUUACUAAUAGAAACUUGCUCGUCGUUUAACUGUAAUACAAAAGAAUUGGGAUACAUAUCCUCAAGCAUAUCAAGAGGAUCUGGAGAAGUUGAUGAUUGUAGGAUGGAUGUCUGAUGAAGAAGAAGCUGGCGAAAAGAACCCUGAUGGUAGUAAAGUUAUCAAGGUUAUGCGUCCUUCAUUCAGAAGUGAAAGGUUUAACCAACUAAUAGAUGACCUUGAUGAUCAAUGGAGGAACCCUGAGGAUAAUGCAUCAGGAAAAGUUCAAAGGAAUAAUCGUUUGAACCGAAUAUAUUCAGAAGAAGUUAUACCAUUUCCUAGACAUCUCAAUGAAGCUGAUUUUCCUGCUUGGGCAUUCAAUUCUUAAUUUUUUUUUUUUUUUUUGAAAAUCAAAUAAUAAAUAUAAAAUGUAAAGAUAAUAGUAAACGUAAUUUGAUAGCAUAUGAAAAAGGAUAUAUUUUGUAUUAUAAGAUAUAAAAAACAUGAAUAAAAAAGUUGAACAUAAGUAUAAAUAGAAGCAUAAACAUAGACAUAAACAUAG